GUUCUGAUCUGAUACCAAAAAAUACCGACCGGUUAAUUAACUAACCGGCUUUAAUAAUAAUUAACAUUCCAUCAAUAUUCAAUUAGUACAAAUUCGUGCUCAGGAUUUAUGAGCCUCAUUUCCGGAAUUUAGUUUAUUUUUUACAGCAAAUAAAUCUCAUAUCCAGUACUUUUCAUUUCCGAAUUGGAAAUUCCAACUUGAAGUAAAUUACUUAAUUUAAUUACAAAUUAAAAACAUGGCCUCGUCGUCCUCCUCCUCUUGUUCGAAUUCGAAAUCAGUGUUGUUCGUUUGUUUGGGGAACAUUUGUCGCUCGCCCAUCGCGGAGGCGGUGUUUCGUCACCUUAUCUCCAAACGUGGCGUUGCGUCAGAGUGGACGGUCGACUCGUGCGGAACGAUUGGUUAUCAUACCGGCAAGAAUCCGGAAGUCAGGGCCAGAAAAGUUUUGAAAGAUCGUGGCCUGACAGAUUACGAGCAUCAGGCGAGAAUUAUCAAGAAAGCUGACUUUGAGAAGUUCGCCUACAUUAUUGGCAUGGAUUUGGAUAACGUGUUGGACUUGAAGCGCAUCCAGCCGCCCGGAAGCAAGGCCAAGAUUCAUCGAUUGGGCGAAUUCGAUAAACACGCUCUCGCAGGCGGAGAAGUCAAGGAAGUUCGGGAUCCAUACUAUGUCAGUUCCCAGAAAUCAUUUAAAUUUAACUGAGGAUUCAUUGACUAAUUGUCAAAAUCAACACAUUUUUAGUCAUUUGAUGACGAUGCCGAAGGAUUUUACGUCUGUUACGACCAGUGUAUGGAAGCGUGUAAAGGUUUCCUGGAUAAUUUCGAGAAACCAAAACCACAUCAAGAAGCAAAGGAAUGAUCUGAAACGAUUUAACUCUAAUUAAACAAAUUGCAAUUAAUAAUCACCGCAUUCUUGUUACAUUUUCCAUAAGAAAUUAACCACAUUAAGGCAAACUUUGUUAUUUAUCUUUGAAAAAUAUAAUAAACAUGGUUAUGAAUACUUGUUAAAUUAACCUACUUAA